GGAGCUGCCUGAUACAUUUUAUCUUUGAAUAAAAUUCGGAUACUAAGAAGAAAUCUCUGUUUAACAUCUCUGCAAAUUCAACUAUUGCAACUGCAGAUUCAUGGCGGAACUGACUGAGGGAGCAUCAUCAUCCUUCUCUGCCUCUUCUUCAUCUGGAUCUUCCAAAUUUGAUGUGUUCCUUAACUUUAGGGGUAAAGACACUCGCAAAAACUUCACUGGUUUCCUUCACAAAGCUUUGAAAAACAGCGGAAUCAGUGACUUUAUUGAUUGUGAAAAAUUGUGGGUCGGAGAAGCCAUUGCCCCAGCCCUCCAUAGAGCGAUCCAGGGAUCCAAAAUCUUUAUCCCUGUCUUCUCCAAAGGCUACGCCUCUAGCAAAUGGUGCCUCAUGGAGCUUUCUCACAUGCUUCAUUGCCAUGAAUCCAAUGGUCAAAUCAUCAUGCCCAUAUUCUUUGACGUUGAGCCAUCGCAUGUUCGAAAUCAGUCUGGAAGUUUUGAAGUACCAUUUCGGGAACAUGAGAAGAAUUUUGAGCCACAAAUUGUAGAGAGUUGGAGGGAAGCUUUGAGAAUGGCAGGGGAUCUGAAGGGAUGGGUUCUCAAGGAAGACACUGAUGGGGAUCAAGCAGAUCUAGUUGAAUUAGUUGUCAAAAGGGUUCUGCGUGAAUUGAUCAGUAACACCCACUUGGCUGAAUGUAAAUACCCUAUCGGAAUAGAUUCUCAUGUAAAUGAUUUGGUAUCUUUGUUAAAUAUUGGUUCCAAUGAUGUUCAGUUCGUGGGAAUAUGUGGUUCCGGUGGUAUUGGGAAGACAUCUAUUGCCAAGGCUCUCUAUAAUCGCACACUUUUGAGCUUCAAUAGACAUAGUUUUCUUUCAGAUGUUAGAGAACAAGCAAUGCAAUUUAUGGGUCUUGCAACUUUGCAGAAGCGUCUUCUUAAAGAUAUUUUCAAAGCAGAUUUUGACAUAACUGAUUCUCAUAGAGGAAAAAAAUUGAUAGAACAAAUGCUUUGUACAGAAAAUGUUCUUCUUGUUCUCGAUGAUGUCGACAAUCAAGAUCAGGUAAAUGCUUUGGCUAGUGAAAUUAGUUGGUUUGGUCAUGGAAGUAGGGUCAUAAUUACAACCAGAGAUGAACAUAUUCUGAAUGUGGCUAAAGUUGAGGGAGAUAAAAUAUACUGGCCUCAAGUUCUACAUUGUAAACAAUUUCUUAAACUAUUUAGUUUGCAUGCCUUUUCAAGGGAUCAACCUCCAGAAGAUUAUAUGCAACUUUCACAUGAUGUGGCAUGCUAUUCGGGAGGGUUGCCUCUCACUCUAGAGGUGUUGGGGUCUUAUCUAUCGGACAUAUGCAGCAAAGAAGUGUGGGAAAGUACAUUACAAGAAUUGAAAGAAAUUCCUCAUGAAAAAGUCCAACGAAGGUUAAAGAUAAGCUAUGAUAAUUUAAAUAGUUAUCAUAAAGCAUUAUUUCUUGAUGCUGCAUGCUUUUUCAUUGGAUGGGAGAAAGAAACUGUAAUUUCCAUAUGGGAGGCUUGUGGCUAUCAUCCUAAAUCUGCAAUGGACAAACUAAUUAAAAGGUCCCUUCUAAAAUUUGAAGAUAACUUGUUGAAGAUGCAUGAUCAGAUCCGAGACAUGGGAAGAAACAUUGUCUUAGAAGAAAACCCUAUGGAGCCGGGUAGGCGUAGCAGGUUAUGGUCUCAUGGUGAAAUCUUGGAAGUAUUAGAAGAAAAAAAGGGAACUGAUAUGAUAAAAGGCAUGAUGCUUCCCUCUGCCUUACCACCUAUUAAUUUAGGUAGUGAACACUUUGAGAUGAUGCACAAUCUAAGAUAUCUCGACAUUAGUCUAGCUAACUUCACGGGAGAUUUUUCGCGCCUUCCUUUUGGGUUAAUAUGGUUCAAGUGGUUUGGCUGCCCUUGGGGUACUAUUCUACAAACCAAUUUUUAUCAUAAGAGACUACUUUAUCUCGACCUAUCAGAGAGUGACAUUAUACAUGCAUGGAAUAUCGAGCCUCAAGAUGAAAAUAAGAGGUUUCAGAAGUUGAAAGUUCUCAAUCUUAGCCAAUGUCAAUAUCUAUCUAAAUCCCCACACUUUUCAUGGUUUCGUUACUUGGAGCAAUUGGAUCUUGGAUACUGCACUUCCUUGGAUAAGUUAGACGACUCCAUUGGGCAGUUGAGUCAGCUCAAAAUUCUUAUUCUAUGCAUGUGUCAACAAAUGAAGGAGUUGCCUGAGUCCAUUGGUGAUCUGAAAUCUCUAGUCAAACUUGACUUGUCAUCACUAAAAAGAAUGAAAGAACUCCCAGACAGCAUUUCCAAGCUGAGUUCUCUCAAAGAGCUUGAUCUCCAAUUUUGCAAGUCACUCAAGAAGUUGCCCGAUUCCAUCGGUGAUCUAAAAUCUCUAGUCAAGCUUAACUUGUCAUCGAUAAAAAUAAUGAAAGAACUCCCAGACAAAAUUUCGAGGCUGAAUUCUCUCAAAGUGCUUGAUCUCCGAUUUUGCGAGUCGCUCAAGAAGUUGCCCAAGUCCAUUGGUGAUCUAAAAUCUUUGGUUGAACUCCAACUGCAUGUUGUUUCAGGAAUUGAGGAAUUGCCAGAUGGAGUUGGACUAUUAGAGAAGCUUGAGGUAUUAGAUGUUGGGUAUUGCGAUAAACUAGCAAAGCUACCAAUAUCAAUGGGGAGAAUGAAAUGUUUGCGUAGCAUUAGCUUGAUGUUAACCAAAAUUUCAAAAUUACCUGAUGAUUUUUCAUUGCUCUCGAAUUUAGAGGAGUUUAUAAUGUACAAGGGGAUUCAAUCCCUCCCAACAGAUCUGUCACACUUGAGAAACUUGAAGAAAUUAAGUCUUACAAGAUGCGAUAAGUUGGAAUACCUCCCAGAGCUUCCCUCAGGCUUAGUUGUACUUCGUUGCGAACAGUGUUUUUCAUUGGUAGGACUACCAGAUUUGUCAAGGCUGAAAUUUUUAACAACAUUAGAACUUUUGGAUUGCGAAAAGCUGGAGGAGAUUCAAGGUCUUGAGGGAACAGAAUCCUUGAAAAAAUUGGAUGCGCGGGGAUCCUAUAUUUUGACAUAUACUCCAAGGAAAAUACAUGGCCAGGGAACACUAUUACCCUGCAUGUCACAGAAAACCAGAUUUUCCUUGACUGUUGAUGAUGGCAUCUAUGAUAAGGGGUUGAUGCUAUGCAUUGUUUUGGAAUUUCCCUCCGACUUCGUGGACCAGGGUCUGCCUCUAACCUUCAAUUUUAUUAUUGUCACUUCUAUCCACCAAAAAGAUAAAACAAUCAGGUGUGUUCAUACACUGAGAAUUGAGGAUGUCAAGUUUACUACUCAUCGACAUAUAAUCUACAUUCAUCAUUUCAAAGGCUUUGAUUGGUUUGGGAUUCCACUGCAAGGAAAAGAUGCUAUUGAAAAUUUUAGUAUUUCUCCUUGUCUAGAUUACAAUUUUAGACGCUAUCCUACAGUCAAAAUGGUGGAGAUCUUGUUUGAGAACCGGGAACCUGAUCAGCAAAGGCCUAAUGAUCAAUAUUCGAUUGCCAUGAUGGUAGCAGAUUUCUUCAAUUGGUCAUAUGUCGAUGAUCAUGGUGGAGUAACUUCUCUUAACCAGAGCUUUACAUGUUUGUCACGAGGGGACAUUGAAGGAUCAAAUUCUGCUCCUAAAGAAGAGGAGGGGGAAGAGGGAGUGUUGAGGAGGGCUAGUAAUUACAAGGAAGCUUGUCUUGCUGAAGAGAUUGGAUUUUUGUUGUUGGUCUUAGAGGAGGAUGAGGAGAAAGAGAAGUGGCCACGGCCACCGAGGCCGAGGAAGAGAGCUCGUCUACAUUAGAACAAUGAUGAGGCAUCAAGUCCUUCUCCUGACAUUCAACAGUAGAGUUUUUCCUUCAUCCUUAUUCUCUGAAUAGAAAAGGAGGUUAGGGGGAAAUCUGACUUCUCAUGCAAUUUUUUUUUCCAUGGUUAGGACUUAGGUGGAGAGCUAACUGAAGCAGUAUGAUAAGACUAAAUGAGGAAGCUGGGACUGAUGGAGAUACUGUUAUAUAUAUUCCCAUUACUAGUAAUUUUCCGUCAAUUGGAUUUGGCCAUCCCAGGUUCUUUCUGAAGUUUUGACCCCCAAAAGAACAGGGCUCCCCUCCAAUUCUAUGUAUUCCGUGUUCGGGAAACUAGUUAAGUCCUUUUGAACUAAAUAUUAGGCUAAAGCCAAGAAGAUUGGGGUGCACCACAUAAUUGAAGGCCAUCCUAUCAAUCGGCUGACCUUUGCUUGUUCCUGCUAA